AUGGGAAAUGAUGUGGAGAGUAUUAUGAUUCGGGCCGAUCCGGGAGCAAGUAAAAGUCGUGCUGGUACACUUAAGACGAGACGAUCAUACAAUUAUAGAGUUGUCAUGGUGAAGAAUGGAGUGGAAUUAGAUAUGAGAGGCCGUUGUUCUGCUGGUCAGAAAGUUUUAGCCUCCAUUAUUAUUCGUUUGGCAUUGGCUGAGUGUUUCGGCUUGAACUUUGGAAUGAUUACCUUAGAUGAGCCUACAACAAACUUGGAUGAAGAGAAUAUUGAAAGUUUGGCUAAGGCCCUAAAUAAAAUCAUUGAGAUGAGGUCGGUACAGAGUAAUUUCCAGUUAAUAGUGAUCACACAUGAUGAGAAGUUUUUGCGGUAUAUGAAUGCAGUUGAGUUCACCGAUCAUUAUUUUAAGGUUGUACGGGAUGAAAGAUUGCAUUCGACAAUUAACAAAGUGAAGAUCAACACACUAGAAUGA